GAUAAUAUUACUACGGAAAAAAGCUCUAUUUUUUGGUUAUUAGAUGCUUUUAUUGCAUGUGCUGAGAUAUUCUUUGCAUUUCAUUAUCUUAAAGCUAAGCUUAAAGACGAAACUUUAGUUCACUUGAUUCUAAAAGGAUCAUCUAUAUUAAUUGACUGCGUUAAACUAGUAGUUAGUUUAGGACUAGCCUUUAGUUCGAUCUACAAAG